UGCUUAUUUAGUGACUACAGCACAAAAGCUUGACAUGACAGAAAGGUUUCAAAGGUAUAGCAGUAUAUAAUGGUAAUAUCAAGCUGCCAAAUGAUUGGAUAUCUAGCCGGUAUAGGCACGCUUGUGGGUUCUAUAGUUUCAACUUCACUUCCGGACUGGAAACACAACAAUCUAGCAGACGAACAAUCUUUUACCGGUGCAUCGGUUUACCGAGGACUGUGGGUAACGUGCUUUGUAAGGACGAGCGGAGCAAUUGAGUGCCAGCCUUUGGUUAACCCAUUUUUCGUUUUACCAACCGUUAUAAGGGGAUGUCGAGUUCUGAUAGUCAUAGCCUCAAUACUAUCAUUUCUUGGAGUGGCAAUUACGCCUUUAGGCAUGCAAUGUACAAGGAUCGGAGGAGAUCGAAUUACGAAGUCCAGGCUCGCACGAUUUGGGGCUUUCCUGUUUGGAGUUGCCGGAAUUCUUGCUGGAGCUGCCGUUUCUUGGUUUGCCGAUGACAUUGCAAAAGAAUUUGACGAAGAAGAGUAUCCUGGUUUAUUCGGAAUGAUAUCAAAUGUACAAUUCGUAUACGGAAACUCUCUUUUUGUAGGGUGGGGUACAAUGGUAGUCGGUACUUUAUCCGCGAUAUUUUUGACGUUAGGGUCUUGCGAACCACGAGUGGGGCCAAGAAUGAGCACCCCAUCUAUUUCUUCAAAUUCAAGCCGUCUUUUAUCAACCAAUAACAACGGGAAAGAUCGUCUGAAAUCAACCACUCCUAUUCAACGAACAAAUAAGCCAAAACAGAAUGAAUAUUACGCCACAACUGUGACUAACGGUUCAGCAGGAGUUGGGGCGACCACUGGACUCGCGGUUACAUAUUCCGGUCGUUCAGGGCUGGUCCGACAAGCCUCUAUUAUGAGCGCUCCCCCCAAAACAACUUCUAAUAAUGGCCCGACACAAUUGCAGCAAAAUCAAUCGUUCAAAACUUAUGUAUAACGGAAACGGGAAAUUUUAAUAAUACUGAACGAAUUUUUGAAUAAAGAUCAUCUAAAGACGAUUUGGUCUGUUCUGGGGCUAAUACAAAACUAUCGUUUUUUAUACAAGCAUAACAUAAUAACCAGAUCAAUUCUCCGGUGGUGUUUACCAUGGUAUUAUGCGCACUGAGAAUUUCAAAAAAUUUAAUAAGAUAUGCGAAACUACUGAAAAAUUAUAACUGUACUCACUGAAGACAACAAAACAAUAAAAGAUUUCACAUAAUAUGAUUCGAUUCUUUAGGCGAAAAUGUUUGCUGGAUCCAGCAUUGGUGGGGAACCCUCCGGCCGUCAUUUAAUCUUGUAUUGGAAGAUAUGUGUCAUCUCAGAAAUACAAAUUAGAUUGAACAUAGUUAACGUUCAUUUACUUAACAAAUGGGUUACUAUUAGGUUUUAAACUCAUUGGCUUUUUACAUUCUCAUUUGGUUCCGACACUGUGUUUUACUCAACAACAGAAAAAGGAAACAAAUGGAAAACUCUUUUGAUUAAUCUCUUAAGUCGAUUUGACUAAAUAAUCCUUGUGUAUUUCUAAUUGCACGACCCAUUUCAUUUUAAUAUAAACAUCUGCGUCUUUUGGAGUUCGUAAAAGUUUGUGUGUUAUUGUUAAUCCGGGUUGGUAAACAUUUCGAGCACCAUACGGUAGUUUCCCCUAAUGUACAUUCCAAAAUUACAUCUGUGAUCCAUACAUGAGUGUUGUGUGUGUGAAUGAAAAUAUUUCAUUAAGAGCAAUAUCUGUACAUUUUGUUAAUAGGUCAUUUAAAUUUCUUCUAGUACUAUUAUACUACUAUUUUCAUUUUUCUAUCUAUUUCUUAUAUGUUCUCCUUUUAUACUGUAUUUUGUUGGAUUCUGAAACCAAUGUCGAUUUAAUUAAUAAAAAUAAUAAUAAAAAGGGUAAAUAUUGAUAUCAAAAAUGUCAUUUAUAGCUUAAU